UUUCCGCAACAACAGAUGCCGAGAGAAGACACGAGAAAAGGCCCCCGCCAACGAGCGCACCACCUGCCUGGAUCCGGGCGUCGCCGGGCCUCCCCCUUUCCCGGGCCCCAGCCGGUGAGUUACAUAACGGACCGCGAGGCGCAAUCUCGCGAGGUUACACCGCCCCCUCCUUCUCCACGAAAAAAGGAAGCGGGCGGAGCGGCCAACAUGGCGGAACGCAGGCGACACAAGAAGCGGAUCCAGGAAGUUGGUGAACCAUCUAAAGAAGAAAAGGCUGUAGCCAAGUAUCUUCGAUUCAACUGUCCAACAAAGUCCACCAAUAUGAUGGGUCACCGGGUUGAUUACUUUAUUGCUUCAAAAGCAGUGGAUUGCCUUCUGGACUCAAAGUGGGCAAAGGCCAAGAAAGGAGAGGAAGCUUUAUUUACAACUCGGGAAUCUGUGGUUGACUACUGCAACAGGCUGUUAAAGAAGCAGUUCUUUCAUCGAGCACUAAAAGUGAUGAAAAUGAAAUAUGAUAAAGACAUAAAGAAAGAAAAAGAGAAAGGAAAAGCCGAAAGUGGAAAAGAAGAUGAUAAAAAGAGCAAGAAAGAAAAUAUAAAGGAAGAAAAGAUGAAGAAGGAAAAAGAGAAAAAGAAAGAUGGCGAAAAGGAAGAAACCAAAAAGGAAGAAACUCCAGGAACUCCCAAAAAGAAGGAAACUAAGAAAAAAUUCAAGCUUGAACCACAUGAUGAUCAAGUUUUUCUGGAUGGAAAUGAGGUAUUUGUGUGGAUCUAUGACCCAGUUCACUUCAAGACAUUUGUCAUGGGAUUAAUUCUUGUGAUUGCAGUGAUAGCCGCAACUCUCUUCCCUCUUUGGCCAGCAGAAAUGAGAGUGGGUGUUUAUUACCUCAGUGUGGGCGCAGGCUGUUUCGUAGCCAGCAUUCUUCUUCUUGCUGUUGCUCGUUGCAUUCUGUUUCUCAUCAUUUGGCUGAUAACUGGAGGAAGGCAUCACUUUUGGUUCUUGCCAAAUCUUACUGCUGACGUCGGCUUCAUUGACUCCUUCAGGCCUCUGUACACACAUGAAUACAAAGGACCAAAAGCAGACUUAAAGAAAGAUGAGAAAUCUGAAGCCAAAAAGCACCAGAAGUCCGACAGUGAGGAGAAAUCAGACAGUGAGAAAAAGGAAGAUGAGGAGGGGAAAGUAGGACCAGGAAAUAAUGGGACGGAAGGUUCAGGUGGAGAACGACACUCGGACACGGACAGUGACAGGAGGGAAGAUGACCGAUCCCAGCACAGUAGUGGAAACGGGAACGAUUUUGAAAUGAUCACGAAAGAGGAACUAGAGCAGCAGACAGAUGGGGAUUGUGAUGAGGAGGAGGAAGAGGAAGACAAUGACGGAGAGACAACUAAACCUUCACAUGAAAAAUCAUAAACUUAAUGUAAUUUUGGGACUGAAUAAGUGCAAGAAGUUGGAUUUUCUCUGUUGGCUGAUCAUCAAAAUGUACACUUGGCGUUUGUAGCAUCCUUUUAAUCCAUUUGCUGAAAUGAGCUUGACAUCCACACAGUUCUAUUCAGUCCUUCAUGUUACAGACUGGUAUUACUGGUACAGUCUAAAGCCAUCAAAACCUAAGUUUUAUCUGUUUGAUGAUAAUUUUACAGUACGCAGGACUCAUUCCUUUUGAUAGUUAUCAAUGAUGCAGUUUCCACGAUGACAUUUAGAUUAAUGGCAUUUUUGAUAGUUGUAUGGCUUUUUACUGUUAGACUAAUCAGAAUAAAAAGGAUAAAGACCAGCAUUUCAGAUUAUGCAUAGUUAUGUAGCCAUUUGUCUGUUUUCUGUAAGAUGAAAUACUCAACUCAUUGUUCUCUUGAUAAACUUUUGUUUUUAAUGUUAUAAAAGUAACCAGGAAAUUUCUCUUAAGAUUCUGAUUUAGCAGAGUUCAAAAGCGUUUUGUGGAAACAUGCCAACUAGUAAUAAUGCAACACUUUUAGGUUAGCUACAAAUUCUCCUUUUCCAACUUAGGAAAUCCAAACUGGUUUGUACAUCUGAUUCAGAGGAAAUGGUCAUCUCCAACCGACAUUGCAGUGACUCUUCCCCGCCUUCCCCAUUUCCUUGUCGUAACAUAAAAUGUAUUCUGUACAUAAUUUACAAAUAAACAUUUUAUUUUAAUUGUUACUUAUUAUUUAGACAUUUUCUCAACACUUAAAUUUGUAAGAUUAAAACCAUGUAAGGGUAUGUUUUUAGAGAAAUGCAAGUUUCGAUAACCCGCAGAAUAUCUGUGAUCGAUCUUUCUACAGCAGCUUCAGUUUUGUGCCAACAUUCCAUGUAUUUCAAUGAGUAAAAACUGAUCCUUAUUAAAAAAAGAGCAGACUUAAAGUAGCUGUUUGUACGCCUUAAUGUUCAUUUUAUCUCAAAUCUCUACAUUCAGAAAUGGAGUACUGUAUUAUCAGACCAGGAGGCACUGCUGUGAAAGAUAAUUUACUGUUCUAAAAUAUCAAUUUAAAAUAAAGGCUACCAGAGAACCAUUGGAUUCUAA